GAGAAAAAACAUCUCUCUUAAAGCCUGCAUUGCCUUUACCCUUUGCCUAUAGCUUUAUGCAAUUAUACACCCCACCAUCAGCCUCAAGUUGCAACUCUUUCAGCUUCUACCACCCGCAGCUCUCUCUCUCUCUCUCUCUCUCUCUCUCUCUCUCUCUCUCUCUCACACACACACACACACACACACACACACACACACAGAGACAUGUUUGCUGGAGCUCCUCUUCCUCUCUCUACUCUUUGGCUUCUCCUACUCACCACCUUUGCAAUCCUGACAGACCCAUCAACGUCUUCCAUGGAUUCCUUCAUCUACGGUGGGUGCACCCAGCUUAGGUUCACCCCGGGAUCACCCUACGAGUCCAACGUCAACUCGCUCCUCACCUCCCUGAUCAACUCAGCCACCACUCCCUCCGUCUUCGCCCCCUUCAACAAGUUCACCGCGCAGGGGUCAAUCCCCUCCGAUGACGGCGCCGGCUCCGGCCCCGUCUACGGCCUCUACCAGUGCCGCGGUGACCUCCAGCCCUCCGAGUGCGGCCAGUGCAUCGUCCGCUCGGUGAGUCAGCUCGGCACCCUCUGCCCCAACUCCUGCGGCGGCGCGUUGCAGCUCGAGGGCUGCUUCAUCAAAUACGACAACGCCACCUUCCUGGGGGUGGAGGAGAAGACCGUGGUGUUCAAGAAAUGUGGGCCGUUGAUGGGGUACAACUCCAUGGCGUUGACCCGGCGUGAUGCGGUUCUGGCGUACAUCAACGGCGGAGAUCAGUUCUUUAGGGUCGGUGGGUCCGGGGAAAUCCAAGGUAUGGCACAGUGCGUGGGGGAUUUGAGUACGAGCGAGUGCCAGGACUGCUUAUCAGACGCGAUCCAACGGCUGAAAACCGAGUGUGGGGCCGCGGCCAGCGGGGACAUGUUCUUGGGCAAGUGCUACGCGCGGUAUUGGGAAGGUGGGGAUCACUCGAGCGGUAAGAGGCUUGGCCGACUGAGGUGGUGGCUCUUGGCUUUUUGUUUGUGUUUGAUUGAGCAUUUGUUUUAGCCAAAACCUACCUUGAAUAUUUUGAAUUUACCUUUUUAACCUUUUUUAGUUGUAAAUAAUGUGCGAAUUUUCAGCAAUUCGCAGGGUGGUAACUUGGUAAAUUCAAGUUUUCAAUAAGUUUUUGGCCCCAUUUUUUUUUUUUUUUUUUAAUUUUCUUUAGUGUGAUGGUGAGAGUGAGAGCUGAGUGGUUGUGUGAUUAAUGUAAAAAGGUGAAAAGAAAAUAUUAUGGAAACAUGAAUGGUACGUGCAAUUUACCAUAAA